UAGGAUCAGCCCCUAGUAGUUUGGAUGGAUUAACUGACCUUAUUACCUCAUGCUAAGUGACGUAGCUAACAAAUGAGAAAGGACAAUAGUGUUAGCUACCACUGGCUAGAAUAAAGACGAUGAAAUGGCUGGAAAUGCACAGUUCGUGCGUCCUUGGAAAAACCCCGCCACCGGCAGCUUGAUUUGUAUUCUCAUCAUUCAAGCAGACAGACAGACAGACAGACAGCUGGCCCGAGAGUCACGAAACACUCCUGCUGCUGCUCCGCUGAUGGAGAGGAGGGGAGGGACUGAGUGAAGGAGAGACAGAGGGAGAGAGAGGAGGAGGGAGGAGCCAGGCUGUCAAGGUGAACCGAUAAACCUCUUUUUUAUCAGCCUGACGUCCAAAACACGACGCGCAGCGCUGCCGGGAGGAGGCAGAGGAGAGAGGAGAGAGGAGCGGAGGAGCUCCCAUCUUUACCGAGGAGAAACUGUGUUUACCUUUUUGGUUUUUAAAUUGUGGACUCUAAGUUGAAUGGCACAGUGAGCGGAGCCCGUCGGAACCAGCGCAGGAAUUAAAGGGCAGCGUGAGGCCGAGGAGUCCAGCUGUGAUCUGAAGGGGAAGAAAUCUGAGGGACCCCGGCCCCGAAGGGACCAGCUGUUUGACUUCACGUGAACAAAGACACUGCCGUGUUUCUUUUUGGUGCUUCUGACCGGAUGUCGGCUUGGUUCGGAAGACGUUCUCCGUUUGGUUUAGUUCUAGAAUCAGCUGCAAAAAUCUGACAAUGACGGAACCGUUACAACUUUAUCCUCCAGCAGGAACGAAGCAGAAGCUUCCUGAGAGGGUGGAUUAUUGAAAGCAGGCUGCUGGAGCCUUUCGGAGAAUUUAAAUGGAGGUUUGCUGCAGUGGAAACACCGGGGAGUUCAUCUGUAGUCAUUUGGAAUAACUGUGUGGGAUCCACACAGAUUUCCAUCUAAAUGAGGCGUAUUUCAGGCAGCAGAGGGUUAUCAUCUGAAACAUCUGGACGGAUGGAGGAGACUCACAAACAGAGACGAAGACGGUUUUGAUCACUGAUGUUUAUGUUGAGUAUUUUUAUUUUUUCAAAGCACAAAGAUUUAUUUAUACUUUUUUCUUAAUGAUUUUGGUGCUGAUGCAGAACAAAAAUCUAAAUUUUCCACCUGCUUUCUUCUGUAAAUUUCUCUGUGAUUUAUUUUAUCUCUCAGUGGAUCUUAUGUAAUUAGGACACUAAUGUGUGCGAUUAUACGUCUUAUUGUCAAAGCUUUUAUCACCUGCCAGCCUUUUAUAAGCGUAACGAGCGCGGCUAAAUAUUGAGCCAUGUGACUGCUGUGUUCCAGAAAAGCUUCAGUUUUACUGGAUUUUUCUUUUUUAUCUUUUUUCCUCCCAUGAUUUUUAACUUCUUCAGGCAGGAGCUUGAAGGGUCUUGACGCACUUUUCUUUAACAUUUAAACAAGAAACUUGAAGCCAUCUCGAUGUUUGGUGAAGGAUUCUGACUCGACCCGUGUUUAAGUCACUAUCCUCCGUCUUUCUCAACGAAAGUGACCUUGCUGAGUUUCUAGACGACCGCUGAACUCGCCCAUCUGAAAUCCUCUCUUCCUGUCUUGGGGGGAACUCGCUGCGCAUCCAGUCACCGCCAUGGUGAUGUCGCAGGGCACCUACACCUUCCUGGCCUGUUUCGCUGGCUUCUGGUUGGUCUGGGCCCUCGUCGUCAUGCUCUGCUGUUUCUGCAGCUUCCUGCAGCGCCGGCUGAAGCGCCGGCGCGAGGAGAGGCAGGAGCAGUGUCUGCGAACUGUAGAGAUGGAGCCGCUCAGCUGCCACCCUGCCGGAUACCCACCUGCUGCUCCUCCUGCUCCACCACCACCACCACCGCAACAACCUCCACAGCUGCCCAGAGACCCGCCACAGUUCAGCCCUCCUCAGACUCUGUCGCCUCCUCUUCCGCUACCCGUUCCCCAUCCAUUGCCUCAAGCGACCUGGGUCAGCAUGCCAGACACGGAUGUGUUUGGGAAGCCGCCUUGUUACGAGGAAGCAGUUCUGAUGGAUGAUCCUCCUCCACCUUACUGCGAGGUCUUGGCCGACCCGCGGGGGGGACGUACCUGAAGCCCGCCCCUCUCCGAGCCGCCCCGUCGUCUUUAAGGGAACCUCACGAUCGCGCCCCGGUGUUCACAUCCGAGACCAGCAAGCCUCCUGCGGCUACCGUGUUCCCCAACCGAGGCUACUCCUCCCUGAUACGCCUGCCUUCGUCUCAGCGCUGGGACUCUUUGGGUCACCUCCUGUCCAACAUGGAUCUGAACCACAAUAACCUCACCCCACCUGCAACCCGAUCCCUUCAGGCUACAGCCGCGAUGGCUACCAUGCCCCGCAGAGAGCCAAGAACUCAUAAUGACGGACUCAGAGGUGGAAUACAGGGACUUCAAGGAGGGAUUCAGGGGUUCCAAGGAGGGUUGCAAGGGCUUCAGGGGGGUCCAUGGACUCAGGGGGGUUGGAGCCCAGCUGUGGCAUGCCAACAGCCUUCCCCUUGCUGGGCCGGAGCACUGCUGUUUAGGCCCAAAUUCUGUCAGAAGGAUAAACAACUAAAAAGCUGGACAUUUGGUAUCAUAACGCUGCUACAAGUAGAGAUUUAAUUGCCCAAAGAGGGUUUUAGGGCUGGAGAGGCGUUAGGAGUUAUGUUCCCCCUUGUAGCUCUGUGGGCAAAAGCUGCCACUUAACUCUGCCAGGACUGAGGCUUUCAGCUGUGUAGGUGUAUUACACACUGUUUCAAGGCACUGUUGUCAAGUCAGAGGUAUUCUGCUGUCACAUUGGAGCUAAUUGAGUCAACACCAGGAGGAAAGGAGAGGAGGCAGAGGACGAGAAUCAAAACGAGCAGUAAGCACAGCGGCUGCACUACCUUUCAUGCAGACUUACUAUCGCCUUCAUUUCCACCCCUAACUACCCUCUCUCAUGGUGCACUUUCAUUCAUCUGCGAUCUCUCCUCCUCUCGCUGCACUCGAACAACCUAUUGUACGAGGCUGCUGUUGCCAUGGCUCCGGGAAACCGUCUGUAGCCCACGACGACCUCUCUUCUUUUAUCCGUGCUGAAUUUUAGGAAGACUGUUCACAGCUUGCCUCCACCUCGAGGACUGUGAGCAUUAACGCUUACAAAAGAGCACACGGUGACCUUCGGCCAGCACGUCCGUGAUAUUACAGUCGAAAUGCUGAAGGUCAGUUUACCUUCAGAGUUGUUUGGAUUCCACUGUGCAGAGUACAAGAAAGCCACAGAGACGAGCACGCUUGGAUUCAUUUUGCUGUUUUGUUGUUUUCAGUGUCGUCUUUACUGCAAACUGCUGGCACAGCCCUUUUGAUGGUCACCGGCUGACGUCAGCCGGGUCUCUGAUAUGAAAAAGAAAAGAUUUUUCCAUGUACAAACUUCCAAUCAUUCUUUUAAACUUUGUGACAAAUGCCUUGUGAAAUAAAAACAUCUUCAUCUGUGA